UUUCGGGACGGUCCCUACAGGAGGACAGUCGGGUGUUUGUGUCUCGGCUACUGUUGGACAACUAAUGCUAGGCUACUAACGCUAGCUUCCCGUGAUAUCAGAUACUGGUCAAACUAGCUAGUUUAACAUUCAUCUUUCAUAGACAUGUUUAGUUUUUUUGAAUUAGUAAUCCCGGAAGUAACGAUACGAAUAAUUUAGCGUUAAUUGUGUCAUUAUGGGGUAGCUCAACUUCAUUGGCGUUAUAUUAUUUUUGAAACUGGAAUAUUAGCCUGUAACGUUAGAUGUGACGUAAUCGUAAAAUAACGGGACUGUAGUUCACAUUGGAAAGAAAAAGAUAUGCACUUGAAGUCGCAUUACACAAGAGACGUUCGCCGUGUUAGUGUAGCUUAAGUUGUGUUGUUAUUGCCAAUGGAACGCUUACCAAUGGUUGGGCUUCGUCUGUCCCUAAAGCAAAGAUAUUUUCUCCUGCUGUGUUUUGCUCUAGGAGCGAUAAUUGCCUAUCAGUUUACAAGGAAUCGCCUUGAUGUAGAAAGAAUGAGCCGUGUGGAGGGUCUGAUGGCCAACUCGUCUCAGUUCACUCUGGAGAGAAAACCCUUCCGCAUCCUGGGGGGGUCCAUCCACUACUUCCGUGUCCCCAGAGGCUACUGGGAGGACCGGCUGCUAAAGAUGAAGGCCUGUGGCCUCAAUACUCUCACAACGUACGUGCCGUGGAACCUGCAUGAGCCUGAGCGAGGGGUGUUCAACUUUGAGGAUCAGUUAGAUUUAGAAGCCUACCUCCGCCUUGCAGCCAGCUUGGGCCUCUGGGUGAUUCUACGUCCAGGGCCGUACAUCUGCGCUGAGUGGGAUUUAGGGGGACUACCCAGUUGGCUGCUACGGGAUCGAAACAUGAAACUAAGAACAACCUACCCAGGAUUCACUGCUGCAGUCAACUCCUUCUUUAAUCAACUAAUUAAGAAAGUUGUUCCACAUCAGUACUCCAAGGGUGGCCCAAUUAUAGCAGUUCAAGUGGAGAAUGAAUAUGGCUCCUUUGCUAGAGAUGAAGAUUACAUGCCUUUCAUCAAAGAGGCAUUAUUGUCUAGGGGCAUCACAGAGCUGCUGCUGACCUCAGACAACAGGGAUGGACUAAGGCAUGGCGGAGUCAAGGAGGCACUAGAAACCAUCAAUUUCCAGAAACUCAACCUGAAUGACAUCAAGUAUCUUGAUGGAAUACAACCUAACAAGCCUAAGCUGGUGAUGGAGUACUGGUCUGGCUGGUUCGAUCUUUGGGGGGACCUUCAUCAUGUGUACACAGCUGAGGACAUGAUACCUGUGGUUACAGAGAUCCUUAAACUGGGCAUGUCUGUCAACCUCUACAUGUUCCACGGAGGGACAAAUUUUGGCUUCAUGAGUGGAGCGUUUGCUGUUGGAAUGCCAGCACCUAAACCUAUGGUCACCAGCUACGAUUACGAUGCUCCAUUAUCUGAGGCUGGGGAUUACACCACCAAGUACCAUCUUCUGAGGAAUUUAUUCAGCCACUACCACGCCCAACCUCUACCUGAACUGCCCAUUCAUCAGGAAAGGAGAGCGUACCAGCCUGUUGUCAUACACCAGCACCUGUCUCUGUGGGACAGUCUGCAUUUCACUGACAAGCCUUUGAAGUCAGAGAGGCCGCUGAACAUGGAGAAUCUCCCUGUCAACAACAACAAUGGUCAGUCUUACGGUUACACGCUGUAUGAGACCACCAUCACCAGCAAAGGAAUCCUCAACUCAAAGAACAACAUCAGAGACAGAGCACUGGUUUUCGUGGACAAACAUUUUGUUGGUGUUCUGGAUUAUAAGACCCAAGAACUUGCACUCCCUGAUGGGAAGGGAAAAAGAACUCUAAGUUUACUGGUUGAGAACUGUGGAAGAGUGAAUUAUGGGAAAACCCUGGAUGACCAGCGCAAAGGUCUUGUGGGAGAUAUCGAGUUAAACAAGCGCCCCCUCAGUGACUUCAUUAUUCGCAGUCUGGAUAUGAAGCCAGGCUUCGUAAACAGACUUGAGAGUUCAGGCCACUGGAUGUCUAUGCGUCAGCGGCCCUCCUUCCCAGGGUUUUUCCAGGCCAGACUCUAUGUGACCAGUUUUCCUAAAGACACUUUCAUCAAGCUCCCUGGCUGGAGCAAAGGUGUAGUGUUUAUCAACGGCAAGAAUCUGGGUCGCUACUGGUCCAUCGGUCCUCAGCAAACUCUCUAUGUCCCAGGUCCCUGGCUUCACAAGGGGGACAACCAGGUCAUAGUGUUUGAAGAGCAGGAAACAGAUGGGAAGAUUCAGUUUGCCAGCAGUCCGGACUAUGGCAUGACUGUUGAUGUCCAGUGAGGAUAGAGAUUGGAGCCUGGAUGAAGAGAGGAGGAUGAUGGGAGAUUAGCUGGGGAGAAAACAAUUGAGGCGAUCGCCCCAAGCUUUGUAUACUCAGGCACUGAUGCCCCCAAAAGUGGCACACAUCAUUCAGUGAACAUGUUAUUUUGUGUCCUAUCAGAGCACACCGACACAGCAGUGUUCCAUACCGUUUUUUUCAUUUAGUGACUGUAUUUAUGACAUUCUUUUGAUUCAUUAUUGUUCAGUUUCGUAACGUUAUCAUUAACCUGCAUUAAAACUUCAUAAUGCGAGACCAUUGAACUGUGUUUGAUUAGAAUAAAGUGUUGUAAAAUAUCUUCCUCCCACAGUCUUAAUUUAUAAAUUGCAGGCUGCGUUAAAAGAACUCUGUUUCAGUAAGGCCAAAAAAGCUUUAUUUAUCCUGCACACCAAGGGCCUGUUUGAUAUAACACUGGCUGCUUUUCAAAUUUACUUUCUCAUGAUAUGCUGUGAACUCAUAAAGGGAAGUCAAGAACUGUGUUUGAAUAGCAUUUUUGAAAACUCAUCUGUGGUGCCUAGUGCUAAUUAAUUUCUUUAAUGAUAGAUGCCACAGGAACAGUAGCUGUUCUGUCACAUUUGAAGACUAAGCAGUGUAUAUUAACAAAAUUGCAUUGUAACAUACUGUAGCAUUGUACGAUAUAGAUAGGUAAUCUAAAUGUGGUGUCAGGUUUCCUGUGGUGCUGAAAUCCUGGAUAUGUUUGCACCAGAUGUCUAGAUGAGAUCAAAGUUAGCUUAAUGAGAUACGGAAGUGUAAGAUUUAAGUUUGGGAUUUAGUUACUCAAUUAAAGCAUGACACCACAUACAGUAGAUCUUAUAUAGACAUGAGCUGUUAUUAAAUGUUGCAUUGUAGCUAACUGAACAACCAAACAGUUAACACUAUUUUUUUUAACAUUAAAAAGUAACAUUAGCUCAAUAGAUGACAUAAAAUGGUACAUGGUCGACAUGCCACUUUUGAAAUUAGGUUUUAUGUAAACUGGUAAGAUUUAAAAUAACAUUUCACUCACAAUUUUACAUGCACAACUUUACAUGAGUAAUGUUGGACUAUUUGCGUUGGCUAGCUUAGCAUUAUUGGAUGUUUCCUACUUAUUGUAAAUGUAUGAAUGCUACUUACACUGAAACCUAUCUUUCGCCAUGUAUGUAAAUAAUAAAACAAAGUCAUACCUAUAAAGGAUUAGCACAUGCUUUUGGCUCAGCUAUCGUACUAGCUAGCCAGCUAGCUAGCUUUCAACAGCCUACUAAAGCCUACUGGCCUACUAAAGUCUUUACUAGCUAAGAUGAUCAUUCUGUGUUAAAGUUGCAACCUGAUGUAGCUAGCUAGUAAAUCACUAUAGCUUAAAACCAAUUACCAAUAACGUUGUGAAGUUGUUACCAAUAACUAAUGGUGGACUGGACACACGUUUUAUUAAACCAUUGUUGAAUUCAGGAAAAUAUUCAAUGUCAGAUGUUCUAAACACACUUAGUUCUACAACACACAGUGUAAAGACGUCCAGUGUACAGACACAACACUCCAGCACAGGUGAGGUUCUUCUCAGUUAUUUAUUUCUUGAUUCAACUAACAUCUUUCUCUGAGACACAAUUGCUGUGGCAAAUAAACAACCUAAGAGUCACAUGCAUAAAAUGUGAAUCACAUGAGGGUGGGGCAGGACAUUGGUGAUGAGGAAAAGAGAGGACUUAUGUAAAGUGUAUUGUGCCUUGGAGAAGCCCCUCAGAGGGUAAUGCUCAUUAACUGACAUUAAAUACGGAAUAAACUGCACUAAGUUGUUCUAGUAGACUAAUUAUUUGUUAGUAUUAGAUAUUGCUUGAUACGUCAUCUGUAAGGGUGAAGCCCUUUUGAGUUGUUCUGCUGCUUUAGGACACACAACAGAGAGUAACAUCACAUAAUCUUAUUCAACCAAUCCAACCACAUGCUGACCUGUGUGCCACAUGACAUUUGCUUUCCUGCAUCUUGACAAGAGCAACGUUCAGAAGAUGAGAGUGGGAAUUUAGUUUCAGUUCAGUUAAAUUAUAUACAACAUACUCAAUUUCUCAAAACCCUGUAGUGUUCAAAUGAAGUCUUUUACACACUAGUGUUUUUUUUUUUACAUUUUGGAUUCUUAAUUUGUU